AUGGCUGUGUCCCUGUCCAGCAACCCCGCUGGGAAGGACAGGACUUACCAUUUCGACCCGCUCAAAGGGAGCCCUGCCCGGGUGUCUGGUUUCUACCCGUCGCUCCCCGCGGCGCAGUACAUGGAUGUCCUCAAGAGCGCACACGGCAGCCUCUUCCAUCCACUCAAGUCUCUCGGUCGCCUGGUCACGGAGACGCAGCAGACCGUCAUGCCGUUCAGCUUCACCGGGAGCCCGAGCCUGUUCGCUCAAAACGGACACCAUCAAACGACCACCAUUCUUCACGAGCAGGUUCUGAACAUGACCGGUCUUCCGUACUUCCACCGCGUGCCGCCUGUUUUCCACAAACAACACCAGGAACUAGUGCACGUGCCCUCGGAGCAGCAGUCCGUCGGGUCGGUGUCAGAGUUCGGCAGCCCGUGCAGUGUCAAGUCCUCUCUGGAGUCCUCCUCCACGUGCUCUCCCGGUAACGGCAGCAUGCUGUACCUACACCACCCGGAGCCUGCAAGCGAAGAGCCGCGCGCUUUCUGCUUCACCGAAGAGGAUCUCUUCAACGUGCUCUACGGAUACUCCAAGAACCAGGACAACAAGAGUGUCGGACACGCCAUCUCCGGGGUCGCUUUCCCGGGAAAUACAGUUCACGAAACCCAACAUCUCCCUUUGGAUGUGGACGCGCUUGAACUUCCAGAAGAGUUGUCACUUGUCCAGACUACGUGCGGAGGGGUGUCCCAUUAUGGAGUGUUUGCGGAGAAGGCUGCCAUCCCCAAAGGAGCCAGGUUCGGGCCCUUCACAGGCAAACUAGUCAACACCAGCGAGAUCAAAACUUACGACGACAACACUCUCAUGUGGGAGAUCUUCGAGAACGGGCGCUUGAGCCACUUCGUGGAUGGUCGGGGUGCCGCCGGUAACUGGAUGUCUCUGGUCAAGUGCGCGCGCUUCCCCGAGGAGCAGAACCUGGUUGCCGUGCAGAGCCACGCGCAGAUCUUCUACGAGGCGUGCAAGGACAUCAAGCCUCAGCAGGAGCUGCUUGUGUGGUACGGAGACUGUUACGUCCAGUUCCUGGGGAUCCCACUCACACUCAAGGAGUUUAUAGACGACAGCUUUGAACCGCUUCCCGCUGAGGACUCUGGUGAGGGUUUCAAGUGUGACCGGUGUGGAAAGGUUUUUGCCUACAAAUAUUACCGAGACAAGCACCUGAAAUACACGCGGUGCGUGGACCAGGGAGACCGGAAGUUCCCGUGCCACCUCUGCAACAGGUCCUUCGAGAAGAGAGACCGCCUCAGGAUACAUAUCCUGCACGUGCACGAGAAGCACCGGCCUCACAAGUGUUCAGUGUGUGGAAAAAGUUUCUCGCAAUCGUCCAGCCUGAACAAACACAUGCGCGUGCACUCGGGGGAGAGGCCGUACAAGUGCGUUUACUGCAAUAAGGCUUUCACAGCGUCAAGCAUCCUGCGUACACACAUCCGGCAGCACUCCGGCGAGCGGCCCUUCAAGUGCAAACACUGCGGCAAAGCGUUCGCCUCGCACGCGGCCCACGACAGUCAUGUGCGCCGCACGCACGCCAAGGACACCAAGGCCUUCUCCUGCGAUAUCUGCGGAAGCACCUUUCAAGACGCACAGGAACUCAAAUAUCACACGAAGUGCCACAAAAAAACGACAGUACCCUCCGCAGUUCCCAUGAGCCGGUGUCUGGAUGACAGCUCCCUCUUCCCCGCGACCAAAGACAUCAGUCUGGCCCAGAAACACAUCGGAGAAAUCUCAUACACUGGACUCGUUACACUCAACAAAGAAUACCGGCCCUGGAAUUGAACUAAGCCUGGUCUGGAACACCUUAGAGCUAAUGUAGGGCCUACCAUAGACACAGUCGCUGCUAUCCAUGCGUAAGUUUUAUUUCGUUAUAUUAUUUAAAGAUAGAGUAUUUAAUUUUGGCAAGACGUUUUAUGUUGUUUAAGAAAACUUAUUUAUUACGUAUUUGUAACUGUUUCUACUCACCAAAAAGCUGAAAGCUGGUUAUUUUGUAUGCGUCCUUGUAAUUGCUUUUAUGUUCAAUAUUAUUUAAACUUUUUCGAUUAUUUCAUGCGUAUUUAAAUAUCAUACAUUAUACCAUUGGGUUUCAUUGGCACAGGUCUUACCAAAGGUGCAUACAUCAUUGUAAAAAUGAUUAAUCCAUCCUUGGAAAAAGUGUAAUAGGCUACUGGCGGCAGUUCGUGCGACUUUCUGUAAUUAAUGCGUCAUAUCUGGUUAGAUUUGCAUUGCGCAGUGGCUACCUCUCUGGGGAUGUUAUCAUCUGUGAAAAUUCGUGUUAUAUACUUGUUCAUUUGUAAUGAACAAGUGUGUCUGUGAGACUGCUAAAGCAGUGUAAAAUAUUUGUCUGUGUAAAUGUGUCUGUAUUGUUACAUGCUUCCCCCCUUCUAAUAAA